GAAAGAAGAUGGAUCCUCUGUAAUAGAGCACGCAGUGGAAGGUGGUCUACCUCAAGAAGGUAUAAAAGGCUCUGUCUAAGGAAUGAAGUGGCUCAGUCGUUCGAAAAACGAUCGAGGGUUCGGAAUCAGUCUGGAAGGCCCUUCUGUGCGUUUCUCCGCCUCUUCUUUUUCCAACUCUUCCUUCGUCCUGACGUGGUCCUCACUGGUUCCAUAAUUUCUCCGGCAAGGAGAAAGGUGGAUUCAUUAAAAUCGUUCUCGGUAUACGCCAAGCUGUUAACAAGGAAGAUCGUGUAGUAAAAACUGAAGAACGAAAGUCGAGAGGAAGAAAGCGAAAUUUUCGAAAAAGGAUCGUUCGAACGAAAAACUGAAAGGAUAUAUUCAUCGACGGGUAUUUGGCGCAGGUGUACGAAGAAAGGAAAAGUAAUCGAGAGUGAAAUUUUUUGGGGGAAAAAAGUGAAGGACCGUUGAAAACGAAGUUUCGGGAAGCAAGUACAUUCUACCGGGUAAGAAGAAAUAUUAAAAGAAGAAGGGGGAGGGAACAAGAAGAGCAAAGAGAAGAAGGGCGUAGAAGGAGAUGGGUUUAGUGGAGGAAGGAAGGGAAGACUGAAGAAGGAAAAUAAGACGGAAGGAAGAAGGGGGUGAAGGGAGAAUGUAAAAGAGGGCAGAGGAAUAAAGCAGGAAGAAAAAGGGAGCGUGAAGGAAGACGGAAGUGAAGGUAGAAGGGAGAACGAAGUAGAGCAGUGGAAGAGGGAAGGAAGGAAAGAAAAAUAGAAUAGGCAGAGAGUGGUGGAAAAAGGAAAGAAGGAAAUACGACGGAUAGAAGGAGAGUGAGAGCAAGGAGUAAGAGAGGUGGCUCCGAAGGUGUUCCGGAGGGACAAGUUUUUCGAGUGCACUUGCUCUUCUUCGUUCGGGGGCAGAGGGUGAAGAAGACAGCGAUGGCCGGAUGGUGGAGCCUCGGUGGUGCUUUUCUUCUGCUUUUUGGUAUUCUCCUUGCUCCCUAUUUGUACAAGAUCAACUGGAUCAAGGAUUUAAGAUUGGAGGGCGACAACAGGAAGAUUUUAGCGAAUCAUUUAGAAUCGAAGAAACGCAAAUUGGGUAAACUUCCUCCCGUUUAUCCAAAUGGAUGGUUCGCCCUUUUAGAAAGUUCCCAAUUGGAGAAGCGCCAAGUGAAACACGUGGCGGCUCUUGGGCAAAAUUUUGCUGUUUUCAGAACAGAUAAAGGGACGGUAAGGAUUUUAGACGCUUACUGUCCUCAUCUUGGCGCUAACAUGGCAGAGGGUGGACGUGUCAAGGGGGAUUGUUUAGAAUGUCCCUUCCAUGGUUGGCAGUUUCGUGGCUCCGAUGGGCAGUGCGAUCACAUUCCAUACUCUGACAAAGUGCCGCACAUUGCGCGAACAAAAAAAUGGAAAAGUUGCGAAGCCAACGAGAUUAUUUUUGUUUGGCACCAUGCGGAAGGAUUGGAACCAAGUUGGGAGCCGCAGACAGUCAGUCAUGUAUCAAACCGAGCAUGGCGUUAUCAAGGUCGAAACGAAUUUCUUAUCAACUGCCACAUACAGGAGGUCGCAGAAAAUGGCGCCGAUACGGCGCACCUGAGCGCGGUGCACGGACCGAUGAUAUUCUCGAACAUCAUACAUACAUUUUCAUGCGUUGGUCGUCAUUCUUGGACGAACGUUGGUUGGAGACCGCACAAUGUGUUUACAGAAAGCAAUAGAUCGGACGGGGACGAACCAAAGAAAGAAAACAGCGAAAACUUGAACCACAGAGCGUACACGACUCUUAGGCACACAUUAAUUUUGUUCGAGAAGUACAAACUUUGGAACUUGGAUGUGUAUGUUCAACAAAUCGGUCCAGGCUACGUUGAAUUGACGAUGGACACCUAUUUUGGGCGCAUGUGUAUUUUUCAAACAGUGACACCGAUGGAACCCCUUUUGCAGAAGGUGACUCAUUUAAUUUAUGCCGCACCGCUGCUUGCUCCAUACGCCUGUAUAAUAUUCUUAGGAGAGUGUUUAAUGUUUGAAAGAGAUGUAGCCAUUUGGAACCGAAAGAAAUUCGAAAAACAGCCGCUCCUCGUGAAAGAAGAUAAAAGUAUUCUUAACUACCGCAGGUGGUACUCCCAAUUUUAUUCACAGCAUAGUCCCAGUUAUCAUUCAGCUAUGAGAUCGUUACAAUGGUAGCAUAUAUUUUCUCUAUU